UGCACGCCGCCCCGCUCCGGCCGCUCCGCCCGCGGGGCUCGUCGCCGCGCAUGGGGCCGCGGGGCUGGCUGAGGACCGUGUGCUGCUGCUGCCCGUGCAGGUGCCUGGAGGAGCCCGGCGCGCCCGAGAAGGAGCCCCUGGUCCGUGAUGGCAAUCCAUAUUCUUCGUUUGGAGCAACUCUGGCGAGAGAUGAUGAAAAGAAUUUGUGGAGCAUGCCCCACGAUGCGUCCCACACAGAGGCAGACGAUGACAGGAUCCUGUACAAUUUGAUAGUCGUUCGAAAUCAGCAGGCCAAAGACUCAGAGGAGUGGCAAAAGCUCAACUAUGAUAUCUACACCCUGCGACAGAUUCGAAGGGAAGUGAGAAAUAGAUGGAAACGCAUUUUAGAAGAUUUAGGUUUUCAAAAGGAAGCAGAUUCUUUGUUGUCAGUGACAAAACUCAGCACCAUCAGUGAUUCUAAAAACACAAGGAAAGCUCGGGAGAUAUUGUUAAAACUGGCCGAAGAAACCAAUAUUUUUCCAACAAGCUGGGAGCUCUCGGAGAGAUACCUCUUUGUUGUGGACCGUCUCAUUGCUCUUGACGCAGCAGAAGAGUUCUUUAAAAUUGCCAGUCGAACUUAUCCCAAGAAGCCUGGAAUCCCAUGCCUGGUAGAUGGCCAGAAAGAACUGCACUACCUUCCACUUCCAAGUCCCUAAAGGAGAGUCCAGGGGGCAGAAUUGGGAUCCCCCCAUUGGCACUCAGCAGCCAACCCAAGUUGGACAAAUGCAUAUGGAAGACAGUAAGCAAGUGGAGGCCUAGCUAAGUGAAAAAGGAGUCUAAAUCCUAUAAAAAAAAAAAAGAGGGGUUUGGAUAUUUGGUCUUCAAGGGGAUGUUACUGUAAGAAAUACUCGGGUUGCAGUGAAACACCCUGGUGAUCUUGUAUCAGGGAGCUGGUCACUGGGAUCUUUCCUACUGGGCGAUUAGAUUUCAAGAACCCACGGUCCCCAUUUUGGUUUCGAUUAUACAAUAAGCCUAUUGGGAGAAUGGGUUGUUCUAGUUAAACAAACAAUAAGGUCGACACAGCUAUCACUGAGCCCAAAUAUGGAUUACCGAAUUUUAAAUGAUUGUUCUAGGACGUAGGCUAAUCCCAAAAUAAUACCAGGCAUCCUGUGACCUUUCUUCGAUCUGGAAAAUCCUUCAGAACCUUGCAGGUGUCAGAGGCAUCAUCUCGAGUAUAAGUCAUGAGUAUUCAGAGGUUCAGAUGUCGCAGAUAAUAGAAAUAUCUAGCAGUGCUCCACAGAAGGGAGUUCCAGAUAGAUCGAUGGCAGACGGAACUCCCUGCAGCUACAUGUUAAAAGCUCUGUCUUCAGUGGUGGGACAGGCUCUCAAAUUCUCCACAUUAUCAAUACCUGGUUACCUCAUUUUUGCGUAUCGUCCAUUUCUUGGUAUGUUAUCUGGGAGAGCAUCUCCAAACUGCAAUGUUGGACCUCCACUUCCUUCUCUUCUCCUUAAUCUGCUUCUGGCCCAUCAGCCAAGAGUUGCACCUGCCCAGCGACCUGCAGCGCAGACUUGCAGCUCUGCGUGUGCGGGCAGCGUUGCGCAGAGAAGGUCAUUACUGGACUCUCUUCCAUUUGGAAGAGGAUUUUCAAGACGGAGCAAUGCUGCCAAUACAGUUCGCUUCUAGCCACAGACGGGGAAGUCCAGCCUCAGAAGUUAACUUGCCACUUGAGCAAGGAGCUUGCCAGGAAGUAAAUCAUGGUUCGUAUCAUUGAAAAGACUUCCAGGGCCUGGCAGGUGUGUAGGUAGAUUGCUGAGAACACCGGCAAUAUUUUUACUUCUACAGACUCUGCUCUUCUCUCUUCAGGUAAAAAGUAACUUGUGUUUAGUUUGUCCAGGGGACUGUGACUUGAAAAUUGCUGGCCAGCUCUUUUGGUAGUGUACACAAUGUUUGAAAUAUUUGUUAGGGGAGAAAUGUGUUCUCCAUGUAUUAAUGCAUUGCAGACCAAUUUAACUGACCUUUUUCAGGAAAAUUCUUUCUAGUAUAGUAAGGAAGCUGAAAGUUUUAUUUUUUAUAUUUAAUGCUUAACCUCCCUCUCAUAUUGUUAAAAAUUAGCCUGCAGGUAAUUCCCCUCACUUCUGUGGGCUCUUGGGAGAUACCCGUACGAAGAGUGAAACAAGUAAACAAAAACAAAAACAGGCAAAAAAUAAACAACAGAUCUUUGAAAAUCG